CAGAGUCUCCUUUUCAGCUCCGGAUGCCUGCGCUGUUGCCACUAGAAGCUGCAGAGAGAGCAAUUUAAAAAGUUUGGUGGGGGGUUUUUUUGCCUGCGCGUUGCAGAGCUCCCCCCCUCCUUUUUUUCUUUGCCAGUCUGGACCUUUGCUGCAGCUGUGCCCCCCUUUCCGUUGGCCCAGAACUCGUGCAAAAACCCACCCCGCCGAAGCCCCUCACGCCAACCACCACGCGACACCCAAACAACAGCGCCCGGGCGGCCGCCGGCGAGGCACGCGCGAGGCGCCCCCUCUCGCGCCUUUGCCGAGCUGGCGCUUCCCCACCAUGCGGAGCGAGACCCGCUAGGGCGACCUUCGCGCAAGCAGCAGCAGCAGCAGCAGCAGCUCCUCUCUGGGCGGAGCGGAGCCGAGGAGCGGCGUCGGCGUUUCAUGGACAGUACCUGAAGCCCCUGGCUGUGAGGAAGCGCUUGAGGAGGAGGAGAGGGGGCGCCCCGAGGAGAAGAAGAAGAAGAAGAAGAAGAAGACAGCCGCCUUCUGUUUUCGGUUAGAACUUCGCUGCCCGGACAAAUGCAUACAAAUGCCUUUAGGAGCUCAAAGGACAAGGAGUGGAAGCAUCUCUCCCACCGCGAAAACGAAAACCCUCCUCCUUUUUUUUGCAACAUGUAUAGCUGUGGGUGCUACACAAAUACAAGAAGAAGGCAUAGAUAUUCUUCAUCAUUUAGGCCUAAGUGGGCAAGCUCUUCAUCAACCAUCAACAGGGACUGCACAGCCUUUGUCACGUACUUCAUUACCUCAGGGGGUUCACCUAAGUGCCUCAGGAGUUGUUUUGUCCACAAAUGCAGCCAUUGAGGUGCCUGUCUCUCAAGUGAUAGCAUCACACAUAGGCUCCCAGUUCACCCUUUUGGUUAGCUUACGUUCUUACGCAGUAAACAAUGCCUUUCUUUUCAGUGUUAGAAAUAAAAAUAGACUGCAGUUUGGUGUCCAGUCUCCAAGGAAGAUAAUGGUGCAUACUGGAGGGAAGCAGUCUGUAUAUUUUGAUUACACUGUUCAUGAUGAGCAGUGGCACACAUUUGCUAUUGACGUUACGGAAAAAGCCGUGUCCCUGUAUACUCAAUGUGGAAGAAAGCACUUCAGCAGGGAGACUAUUUCUAAAGUACAGCCGUUGGAUUCGCAGAGUUUGUUUACUUUAGGAAGGAUGAACUCCCAUUCAGUCAACUUUGAAGGAAUAAUUUGUCAGCUGGACAUUAUCCCCUCUGCACAAGCCUUGGCAAACUAUUGUAAAUAUGUGAAACAACAGUGUCGUCAAGCUGACACAUACCGGUCUCAAACGAUUCCUCCAGACACAUCCCUUGGGGUGCCACCAAGCAAACAGUUGGAUGAAGAAACCCAACCAGUUUCCAUGCCAUUGAGUACAAGGAAAGGAGAAUCAAACCUUCGUCGCAGCAAUGGUGCAUCAGUCCACAUGCCACCAGAACCCCUAGAGACAACCUCUCCCCUGACACCUCGUUUAUUAGAAAAUGGUACUGCAUUGGAAAUUAUACCGGAACCAGAUGACCAGGGAAUUGUGAAAGCAUCAAAAAUUCCUCAGCAAGAUGCCAGCAAAAAGAAAGAUGGCUUCCAGGCUCUCACAAAAUUGCCUCCAAACCUUACAGAUAAUGCCACGGGUGAUACAAGCAGGAAAACCUACCCCGAUCUGCUGUUUUCCAUAAAGCAGACUAAAACCAAAACUGGCACAUCAAAGCAGUAUCCAUAUGAACCCGUGGAGCUGCAGCAAGUUUUAAACACAACAUCAUAUAGAGCUUCUGAUUCCACACCUUUCGAUAACCAGCUUGGUUCAAGGGACGAAGGGACAUUUCCGAUUGAUGACAUUUACAACGCAGAAACCAGUUAUGAACUUGAUAUUGACGGUUACGAUUACGACUAUGAAGAAUUGGAAAGGAUGUUUGAACUCGAGAAUCUGAGAGGGCCUAAAGGAGACCCCGGGCCGCCGGGACCCCAAGGUUCUCCAGGGUUACCUGGUCCAGCAGGGAAAAGAGGUCCAAGGGGUAUUCCAGGUCCACACGGGAACCCAGGGCUACCGGGGCUGCCCGGUCCCAAGGGUCCCAAAGGUGAUCCAGGAUUCUCCCCAGGACAAGCAAAACGUGGGGAAAAGGGCGAUACAGGACUAAUAGGCUUGCCAGGCCUUGUAGGCAUCAAAGGUGAAAAGGGUCCCAUGGGGUAUCCAGGACCACCGGGGCCACUUGGGGAGCAAGGAAUUCUAGGAAUGGCUGGCAACCCUGGGGCUCCAGGUUACCCUGGCAGGCAGGGUUUAGCAGGACCAGAAGGUAACCCAGGCCCUAAAGGUGUAAGAGGUUUCAUUGGCCCACCUGGUGUGGCAGGACUGCCUGGACCCGAGGGAGAAAGAGGCAUUCCUGGUUUACCUGGAAAAAGAGGUCCUAAAGGGAGACAGGGAUUACCAGGUGAUAUUGGAAAUAGAGGCCCCCCUGGUCCUGAUGGAAGUCCUGGAAUUGUUGGUGGUAUUGGUCCUCCUGGAUUUCCUGGACUUCGAGGUGUUGUAGGACCAGCCGGACCAUCUGGCGCACCUGGGAUUCCUGGACCUCUGGGUCUUCCGGGGAGUAUGGGGCAACCUGGAUUGAAAGGUGAUAAGGGCGAACAAGGCAUUUCAGGAGAGAUGGGGGAGCUGGGAUACCCAGGAGACAAGGGUGCAGCUGGUUUGCCGGGGCCACCAGGAAUCAGAGGAAAACCAGGACCCCCGGGUAAAACAGGAGAUCCAGGACCCCGGGGACCACUGGGACCUCCUGGACCUGAGGGUUUUCCAGGGGAUAUUGGUGUUCCUGGUUUGAAUGGCCCUGAAGGCCCAAAGGGAUUUCUAGGUGACAGAGGACCUCCAGGACCACCAGGCCCCAAAGGUGUUGAGGGAGAAGAAGGACCUGCUGGACCUAUUGGGGGAGCUGGACCAAGGGGAAAGCCUGGUCGAAAAGGUUAUGCAGGUGAACCGGGACCAGAAGGCCUGAAGGGAGAAACAGGAGAUCAAGGAAUUAUUGGGAAAACUGGUGAAACAGGUCCCAUCGGCUUACCUGGUGAAACUGGAUCAUCCGGAGGACCCGGCGAGAAGGGAGAGAGGGGGAGUCCGGGCCCAAUGGGCCCUCCUGGGGAAAAAGGUAUCAUGGGAUAUCCAGGUCCUCCAGGUGGCUCUGGGGGUAUAGGGCCACAAGGAUUGCCUGGUCCUCCAGGGGCAAGAGGACCUCCUGGACUACAGGGCCCCAAAGGUCAAAGAGGACCAAGAGGCCAGGAUGGUCCUCUGGGAGAGCAAGGGACACAAGGUAUUAAGGGAGAGAGUGGUGACACAGGGAAGAAAGGCAUCCCUGGACUCAUUGGCAAAGCUGGAAACCCUGGAGAAAGAGGUAGCCCAGGAACAGCAGGUUUGCCUGGUCCUCCAGGAAACACAGGAGACAGUGGUCCUAUGGGUGAACCAGGACCAAGGGGACAACAAGGUGAUGCUGGUCCUGUAGGAGAACCAGGCUUUGAAGGACCACCUGGCCCAGAGGGGGACCCAGGGCCACAAGGAGAACCAGGCACAAAGGGAGAUGCUGGACCUGUUGGCAAUGCUGGAGAAUCAGGAGAACAAGGUUUAAGAGGUGUACCAGGACCACCGGGGGAAGAUGGUGUCCAAGGGAAAGAUGGACCAAAGGGCAGUGUAGGAGACCGAGGGCUUCCUGGAGAAGAUGGUGAAAAAGGAGAGACCGGAAUCCCAGGAAUCCCAGGCCCUUCAGGUGCACCCGGCAUAAGGGGUAUUCCAGGGCCCGAAGGAGCUCCAGGAACUCUAGGUCAAAGGGGCCGCCCAGGAAAAAAGGGGGCAAAGGGACAGCAUGGCCCCCCAGGAGAGAUUGGUGCCACAGGUGACCGCGGGCAGCCUGGAGAAAUUGGUCCAAAGGGUUCAAGAGGAACUAGAGGCCCAAUGGGACAUUUAGGGUCAAUGGGAUCUGCAGGAGAGCCAGGAAUUCCAGGUUACGGGGGUCACCAGGGUCAGCCAGGCGCUCCUGGCCCACCAGGAGCCAAAGGAGAGAAGGGUUACCCGGGGGAAGACAGCACAGUGCUGGGACCACCUGGGCCCAUAGGUGAACCAGGCCCUAUUGGUGAACGUGGAGAGAGAGGAGAGCCUGGUGAUUUUGGUUACAAGGGUCACAUGGGGCUUCCAGGACUUAGAGGUGCUGUUGGACAACAAGGGCCACCAGGUGAGCCAGGUGAACGUGGUGAACCAGGACUAAAAGGAGAGAAAGGAUCUCAAGGUCCCGCUGGGAAAAAAGGAAUGAGUGGUCAAGCUGGGAAACCUGGGAUGUCUGGUAUACCUGGUCCUUUGGGUCAGAAGGGUGUACAAGGCUAUCCUGGACCAGAGGGCGUUCCUGGGAAUCCUGGAAAGGCUGGCUUACCUGGACAACAGGGCCUUCCUGGUAACAGAGGAAGCGUGGGACUAGCUGGACUGGCAGGAUAUCCUGGAACUCAGGGACCAAAGGGGUUACCAGGUAUGCCAGGAAACACUGGACCACCAGGACUAAAGGGUGAACAAGGGCUUCGGGGUCACCCAGGAAAGCAAGGUAAAAGAGGUCAUGCUGGGACCCAAGGCGAUCAAGGCCCCCCGGGAGAACCUGGCCUCAAGGGUCAUGCUGGACAAUCUGGAGAUCAUGGUUUGAUGGGAUUUCAGGGAUUCCCAGGUCCCAAGGGUCCCGAAGGUGACCUUGGUUUAAUUGGAAUUUUGGGACCUAAAGGCCCGGUAGGACAAAUAGGAAACAUUGGCCCUGUUGGUAAUGAAGGCAUCAUAGGUCCAGCAGGCAAACCUGGACCCAGGGGUGAAAAGGGAUCCAGAGGCGAAAUGGGACCUCAAGGAUCACGAGGCCAUCCAGGUCCACCUGGUCCACCAGGGCCACCUGGUCCAAGAAAGCAGAUUGACAUCAGUGUUGCUAUUCAAGCCUUGAUUGAUUCCAAUACUGCGUUACAGAUGGAGAGCUACCAAAACACUGAAGUAACAUUACUGGAUCACAGUGCCGAGAUAUUCAAAACAUUACAUUACCUUAGCAAUUUACUGCACAGUAUUAAAAACCCUCUGGGAACUCGAGAUAACCCAGCACGUAUUUGCAGGGAUUUGCUUAACUGUGAACGUAAGGUGUCUGAUGGAAAAUACUGGAUUGAUCCGAAUAUUGGAUGUCCUUCUGAUGCCAUUGAGGUUUUCUGCAACUUCAGCGCUGGUGGCCAGACAUGCUUAUCACCUGUCUCUGUAACUAAGUUGGAGUUUGGCACUGGAAAAGUGCAGAUGAACUUCCUUCAUUUACUGAGUUCAGAAGCAAUCCAUACCAUCACAGUCCACUGUCUAAACACCCCGGUGUGGGGAACCAAUGACCUACGUGCUCAGAGGCCCUCUGUCAGCUUCAAAGGAUGGAAUGGCCAAAUGUUUGAAGCAAAUGCGCCGCUUGAACCAAAAGUGCUUCUAGAUGAAUGCAUGAUUCAAGAUGGCAGCUGGCAUAAAACCCAGUUCCUUUUUCACACUCAAGACACCACUCAGCUUCCAGUUGUUCAAGUGCAGAAAUUUCCUCAUCUCAAACAAGGACAACAGCGUUACAUAGAAAGUGGCCCGGUGUGUUUUCUCUAGACUUCUGAAUGGAGUGGAGUUUCUCACAUGGAAUUGCUGCAAGUAGUGGUUUUUAAAAAAAAAAAACUGCAGAAGAAAUAUAAAGAAAAAUGUUGGUGCUUUCUAAAUGAAUCUCAGGAAGAAAAAGACUUCCUCCUAAGAAGGAGAUACUGCUCUUAAAUAAAGAAGAAGAAGAGAGAGACCUUGACAACCUUAAUAAAGUAUUUAAUUUUCCAUUGGUGCUUUUUAUAUUAUUCGCUGGAACUGAAAACACUACAUAUAUCUGGAAAUUCUUCAGAAAACCCAGUGUUUUUUAACCUUCGUAACAGCAUUGUCCCGGGACACCUUAAGGAAAGAUAGAGGCAUGCAGUACUAGGAGCAACUCUGGCUAACGCUCCCAAAUGUGCAAUAGCUUGUAUUAUAAUUGUAUGACAAUGAGUUAUGCCACCAUAAAACAAAUGGUUCCCUUAAACACUUAAGUUGUAUUACAGUCCUUUGUGGACACAGACAUCUUAACAGAUGAUACACUACCUCUUAUGUGUUUCCUGUUUGUGUUGCCUGGUGCUCUCUGUACAACUCAAAAGUCUUUGUGGCCUUGGUCAGGAUUAUUUGGAUCAUUUUUUAAUUACUUUUUUUUGUUAGACUGUAUGUGCUGGUUGCAUUCAUUGUAAAAUUGUGUCUUUAAAAAAAUAUUUGGUCACAUACUUCAUUAUGAGUGAAAACAUUAUUUAUGUGAAAACCUUGUUUAAAAUGUUUAAAAUGUCUAUAGACAUGGAAAUGGUACACGAGGCAGAACAGUAUCUGGUGCUUAUAAGAAGAACAGGAUUUUGUAGUUGUAGGACGACUACACACAGUAGUCUUUUAAGAAGUUUUUGGACUGCAGUUAAAGAUUUUAUCUAUCAAAGGCCAUCUACAAUGAUGUAUUGUGUAAAUAUUUUGUAACUUGUUGAAAAUGUUAAUACAGCAUAUAUUUAAAUGGCUGCUAUUAAAUUAUAAUAAUCUUAAUUA